AAUUUAGUUCAUAUUUCAUUUAUGCAGUUAAUUGUUCAAUUUCUUUUGACUAUAAAUGUCUUUGCUUCAUUUCCCCCCCCUCCAACACCAUCACAUCACCGUCACCAUCAUCACGUGACGGUGGGGGGGGGGGGGGGGGGGUUUCUUGAAUGAUGAAUACAUUUACAGUACAAAAUACAGGGAUACAUCCGACAGGUGUUGAGACAUUCCAGGAGCCACUGUGCUGCAUAAUGGUCAUGGGAGAUGGGGCGUUUUACCUGUGUUGGCAUCCAGGGGUCCACUCCAUCAUCGUGACCCACGAUUCCGACAUACUGUGAAAAUCAAACUAACCCACUGUGUUAUAUUAAAUCAUGUUAUGGGUGUUCAUGUUAUUGUGACCACCAGUAUUUAAAUGGUCAUGCAGUGGAGAAAACAUCUCCCCCCCUCAUCUGGGCGGAGUCAGUGUGGCCUCCACCACACAGUCACACGUCCUCCCAUAUGAUGAGAUCAGAUCAGAUAAGAUAAGCCUUUGUCAGUCUCACUAUGGGGAAAUGUGUCGUGUGACAGCAGCAGUGGAGGUAUUAAAAAUAGAAAGGUCAGUAAAAAAAAUUAAAAAAAAUAAUGAAUGAGUAAAAAUGCAGUAUAAACAUGAUCCGUUCUACCGUGCACUUGUUUACGGUUCGCUUCUCAUUGAGCUCCAGCCAUUCAUGACUGAUUCCAUGGAAGCGAUGCGAUAAGGUGUGGGGCGGCUAUAAAGAGAGACAACUAUGUCAACUCGUGUUCAGACCUGACGACGCUGCUCUCCCUCCACAGCAAGCCCUCACGACGUCUCUGCUCGAUGGCGUACUCCACCGACACUCUGGCCCAGGGCUGCUUCGGGAAGGUGUACAGACAGAAGUACAACGACUCAUGGGCCGCAAUAAAGAAGGUCCCUCACCAGCUCAUCAAUAGGAAGGACCUGGAGAGAGAGUGUAAAGUGUACAACAAGGCAAAACAUCCCAACAUAGUGAAGCUGCUGGGCGACAUAACCCUCAAAGACGGCAAAUGGAUAAUUCCUCUGGAGUUUAUCUUCGGAGAGGACCUAGAGACCACCAUCUUCAAAGCUUCGAAGUCUAAAAUACAGUUGACUCCGUCUAUUAAAGGAACCAUCAUCAUUGGCAUGUGUGAGGGGCUGCAUCACCUCCACUCCAAAGAUAUUGUCCAUCAAGACCUCAAGCCUGAAAACAUAAUGGUGGAACAUAACACAAACAGAGCGGUAAUCAUCGACCUGGGACUCGCCAAGUUCUACCGGUGUGGCCUCAGCUCCGCGUUGGACAUGGGAAACGAGGCCUACUCGGCCCCCGAGGUGUUGCAGAAGGGCCACCAGCGGCACCAGAGCUCAGACGUGUGGGCCAUGGGUAAGAUCAUCGCCGAGCUGUGUGCCCGCAUUCGGCUGUACACACCCAGCGUCUGCCCCGCCAAGAUCAUGGAGAUCCUGGAGGGUCAGCCAUACUGCAAAGCUGUGUGUAGGAUGGUGGAGCCCAACCCAUCUCUGAGGGCCUCUACUGGGGGGGUCAUUAGUGAGAUACGAAGGGCCGGAGGUGCGGGCAUCGCCACUGACACAUCCGUUGAAAGAGACCACCUUAGGCCACCUGCACCCCAUGUGAAUGCCAGAAACCGGUCUCCGUCACCAGGGAACAGAGCUCCAUCACCAUUCAACAGGGAUCAGUUGCCAAUAAACAGGUCUCCUUCGCCGCUAAAGUGGGAGCGCUCACCCAGACCACACUUUAAAGCAUUGCAUCCUCAAGCCCCACAGCGCCACUCUCCCCCUGUCCUGCGGAGGACCGAGGACAAAGACAAGAACCAGGCUUUGGUGCCGACAGGGGGAGCCAACCUCAGGGAGGACUUCAUGAAAAUGCAGCUGUACCAAGAGGCUGCCAAGGGUCUGCCCUGCAACCUGCCCACAACAGGGAGGGUGGUGGUGCGGCGCUUUGAGGAGAAAAACGGGGAGAUGGGAAAAUGGGAGCAGAAGGAAGUGGUGACACGUGAUGGGAAGAUAGUUAAGUUUGAAGAUGUGUCGUUUAACAGCAGCUAGGUUCAAGAGUUUGAGGGUUUGUUAAAGUCUCGCCAAAAGUUUUUUCAGGGUCACCCCGUUUUUGGGGGGAAUCUUCUUAGGAGAGCUUGUGAAAAAUGCAUUUCCAAAGCGUAAGCUGAGAUGCUGCUGCAAACUAACAAAUACAUUAGAGCAGCUCGAAGAUGUAAUAAGAAGCGAUCUUGAUUGUUGGUUGUGCCUGAACAUGAUAUGCAGCCAUGUUUGGAAUUUGACUGAGCUACUCAUUUACUUGCCAAGAAAGAAAUAUCCGCAGGCAUGAACAACUAUUUGUUGUUAAUUUUUCUUUUUCAGGAUUGGAAUGCAUAAAACUGUGAACAGUAUAUUUAUAUAAAUAAAUCUGAAAUUUCUGUUUGCAAUGCAGGGAUUUUUUUUUACAGC